GACGCCAUGGCACUUGGUCGGGUACGCGCGCGCGGAUAAGUACGCGCGUAGAAUCGAACACGGCGAAGUUGCCCGCUAUAGUCGAUCCGGGUAAAAGGAAAGCGCGCGCGGAUAAAGGCGCGUUUACAGAAUCGUACGGUCGCGACGCGAAGUUGUGUGCCAUAGUCGAUCGGUCAAAAGGAAAGCGUGCGGAAGAAAUGUGAAACGCGCUCCCGCGUGCGUGCGUGUGUAUGUGUGGCGAAAACUCGACGUGGUGAUUGUCAGCGAGGAAGGUGCGGCGCCGAUCCGAUCACUCGGCCUGGCUACAGCGAGUCGACGAUGAGAGCUGAAAACAGGACGUGCGAUCCGCAACGGUGUACAGACGACGCGCAAGUCGUCGACAGAUCGCUUUAUCUGCUCUUCGAGGAUGUAUCGUACAGCGUAAGGACGGGCAUUCUAACAAAGGAGAGGAAAAUAUUAUUGAGCGAUCUUAAUGGUGACUUUCGACCGGGUGAACUCACAGCUAUUAUGGGUCUUUCCGGGGCUGGAAAAUCUACAUUAAUGGAUAUCCUGGCAGGCUUUACAACAACUUCGGUCACUGGCAGAAUUUUAAUAAAUGGACGGGAACGAAAUGUAUCAGACUUUCGAAAAUUGUCUGCCUAUAUAAUGCAAGAUGAUAAUCUGCAACCAUUUUUAACGGUGCAGGAAGCUAUGCUCAUUGUUGCUGAUCUCAAACUCGGAUUGAAUUACCGUGAGAAAUUGCAAAAGAUCGACAAAAUAUUAAUAAUGUUGGGCCUCGAUGAGUCUCGUUACACGAUUACCAACGAACUUAGCGGAGGACAAAAGAAAAGACUCGCCAUUGCACUUGAACUCAUCAGCAAUCCACCAGUCAUAUUUCUUGAUGAACCUACGAGCGGUUUAGAUAGUACUUCUUCAAAGCAGUGCCUAGCAUUUUUAAAGCAAUUAGCGCAAGAAGGACGAACUAUAAUUUGCACGAUACAUCAGCCGAGCGCGAUUCUUUUCAAUAUGCUGGAUCAUCUUUACGUGAUUGCUGAUGGCAAAUGUGUUUAUACAGGCAGCACGAACAAUUUAUUGCCGUAUUUAAGUAGUGUAGGAUUAGAUUGUCCGACGCAUUAUGAUCCUGGCGAUUACUUGAUGGAGAUAUGCAACGGCGAUUAUGGCCCUCAUACAUCAAAACUAGUGGAUUCAAUCCAAAAUGGCAAGAAUGAUAUGUGGAGAUCGACGAAAAUCUUUUAUUCGGACAAAAACAAAGAAACUGUUGCCUCGCAUCAAGUUGUUGAGAGAUUGUAUUCCUUUGAAACAGAAUUAAGGCACAUUCCACAUUAUACUGCUAAUUUUUGGAGGCAACUUAGUGUUCUUACUAAAAGAAACACAAUUAAAUUAUUUCGUGACAAGGUUUUAACACUCUCACGGAUUUCAGUGCACUUUGCGAUUGCUUUAGCUGUCGGCACGUUAUAUUUUAAAAUCGGCCAAGACGCUUCUUAUGUUAUAGAUAAUUUUAAUUUAUUAUAUUACAACAUUAUGUUUCUUAUGUAUAGUGCGUUUAGUGCUACAAUGAUCACGAUUCCUUUGGAGUUACCAAUACUAAAACGUGAGCUUUUCAAUCAUUGGUAUAAACUACGAUCGUAUUAUCUAGCGGGCAAAUUGGUCGAUUUUUCGGUUCAAUUUAUUUGCACGUUUAUUUAUACUGUAACAGUAUAUUUUAUGAGCGAUCAACCUCAUGAAAGUAGAAGACUUAUAUUAUACAUGCUCACGUGCUUCGUCACCGGUCUAGUUGGUCAAACAGCUGGAUUUAUUAUAGGGUGUUCGUUGAAGGUUCAGGAUAGCGUAAUUUUUGGUCCGUUUGCAAUUAUGCCGUUUGUUGUGCUCAGUGGGUUUUUCGUGCAUACUAAAGAUGUGCAUCCCUAUUUACAUUGGUUGUUUGACAUGUCAUUUUGCAAAUAUGCUUUUGAAGGAUUAUUAAUGACUAUUUACGGUUACGAUCGGGCCAAAUUGAAGUGCUCAGAAGAUUAUUGCCAUUUCGCUAUUCCUAAAAAGUUCCUCAUAGAAUUAGGAAUAGAUCACAUAAAUUUUUGGUUUAAUAUAGCAAUACUGAUAUUGACCUGUAUCUUUUUGGAUAUUGUAGCAUAUACUAUAUUAAGUAUAAGAAUCAAGAAACGUUUAUAAUACAUCUUGAAAUAAAAAUUCGUACAGUUCUUAGAAUUACAUGAGACAGGCAGAUGAAUAAGAUCUCAACGAGUCCACUUGUUAAGAUUAACUUUUUUGUAAUCCAUGUAACAAUGUCAUACUUACAUACAUAAUUUGUAAUGUAUAUAGAAAGCAAUUAUGUAAUAUUAUUAGAUAUAGGUAUAUUACAAUUGAUGAACAAAUAUAUUAUAUACACUUUUUUUGGUAUAUCUAAUUGUAAUAUGUUUUAGCUAUUUUUGUUAUUUAUUAUUAUUAAUGUAAAUUUAUAUAAUUCCAAAUUUACCAUGACAUAUUUCCGUUAUUAAAGCUAUAUGUAUGAGUUUUUACUUUCAAACAAAAAAUUGUUUUUGUUUAUUAUGUAACAUAUUAUUUCUGUUAUUAUAAGUGUUAUAAAUGUCCAUAGUUAUAAAUGAAACAACUGAAUAAAACAAUUAUUGAAUAAAAAGAUGGAUGUUUUAUAGAA